AUUGUAUACGAAUAAAUAAAUUUUAAUAAAUUUUAGAGUAAUUUUUUAUAUAAAUUAUUUCUUUUGUUACUAAUUUAUGUACAAAUUAUGUAAAUUAAAAUUCCUUCAAGUUAUAACCCUUUUAAAUUUGUUAUAAACUAUACUUUUGUAAAAUAACUUUGUAUAAUAGUUUAAUAAGUUGUCUUGUUAAAUGUCUUCUGAUAAUUUGGAAGUUUUAGAGCCCAGCCCUCUCCUGUUUUCUGUUGUUAAGAUAUUGUCUGACAAUGGACUCAGAAAAACCUUGAACAGACUAAGAAAGGAAACGAAAUGUAAGAAGCUGAAAGCGAAGCAUCUUCCAGAAGAAAUCAAAAAUGCAGAUUUUAACAAAAUGGUUUCAACGUUGUUCAAAAAGAGAAAACGCAGCCCAAACAAAACCCAAACAAAAACCAAAAAGUCUGAGGAGUUACAAAAGGUUUUGAAUGGAUUCGUUAAGUCUUCUAAUGGUUUAGAAGGCACCAUUGAAGAGUCCAAGAAAUCCGACUCUUCAGCUUCUGAGUCUUCUGAUAAUUCUUCUAGUACUGACAAAAACGAAAAGAAGGCUACUGGUUCAGGUGUUCCAUUUAGGAGAAUUCAAGACGAUGUCUGGUUAAACAAGAUAGAAAAGGAAGAAUUGAAAGCUAAUUCUUACAAAAUGAAGAAUGAUACCUUCGCCUUGAAGGCUGCUGAGGAACUAGGCUCUGUGAAAGGAAAGGACUUCAAAUCCCAAAAAUACAAGAAAAAGCGUUCUUCCUGGAGCGGUUCAGGUGAAAUAACAAGUUCUGUGAAUUCUGUCAUUUUUAGUGAUUCAGAUUCUUAACUUUUCAUUACACAUUACCCAUAAUUCUUCUAAUUCACUUUUUUAUUUCAAUAUCUUUUCUAAAAC